AUGUACGGUGUUUUCUUGGCAGGUUUUUUUUCUGUAGAGGGGCAGCAGUGUGUUUCUAAUCCAUGUCACUUUAAUGGAACAUGUACUGAUAUUGGCAGCAGUAACUACUCUUGUCAAUGCCCAUCAGGAUUUACAGGUAAGAAAUCUCAUUGAUGUUUCUCUUGAUACAUUGUAACCUAAUCACACUUGUGAGUAGCCUGCACUACAGACGAAACUAAACUUCCAGUUAAAUCCGUCUGCAAAACAGAGUUGAAAUCCUUGUUUUAGGCCUCCACUUGUGUACCAGGAUUUGAGUUACUGCACCAUGAUUAUCCUGUUAAAAAAGCCAUUUGUUAGUUUGCCAAUUAGAUUGAAAGGAAAUUCAAAACGCACUUCUAGUAAUUUGUUGAGUCUGUAGGAGGCCCAGAACAGGGAUAUCAGCACUGUUUUGCAGACAUUACUUAUAACUGGGUUUAAAUUACAUCUGCAGUGCAGGCUAGCUAAUUGUGAGCUGGUCUGAAAAGGGGAAGCAGUUGUCAGGGAGGGGUCCAAUAGGUCUAGGUGAUCCCUCAUUACUUUGCACCAAAACCAAGGUCCAUAGGACAAGGUAAUUGCAGAGAUACUCUGUUUAAGCCAGAGCCGGUCCUCUCUUGCCUCAAGGCCUGCCACUGCCAGUGGAAAUAUGACCAUUAUGACUGGCUGUCUUUUAGAGUCAGUAGCUUAGGGGGGCACUCCCUUAUUUGGCCUUAAUGGUUAUGUGCUGCUGAACAGGGUAUGAUCAAUUUUUAACAUGGUUUUCAGUGUUAAUUAAUUCUUGAUUUAGAAUACAAUUCUUAAACAGGGUGUGUUUCUGGACCCAAAGCCUUGCUUAGGGUGUAAUCUUUGUUAGUGUGCAGUCUACAUGUGAAGUAUCAUCAUUUUUUUUUAAUUAUCUAAUUUAAUGGUGUCAGUUUAAAAAAAACAAUUAGUUCUGUAUGUGAAAGGAAAUGAAUCAGGGUCAUGAAAAAAAGGUCUCUUAGCUGGGGGCUUGGGGUACCUUCUGGCUAUAAUUACAAGUGUCAGAGCCCUGGCUACUUAAUUAGGUAAAGUCAAUGGUAUGUUUUGAUAUGGUAUGGUUUGCUAUUGUGUGGUUACAUAUAAUGUUCAUUUGGACACAUGGUAUUUAUUUUAAUUAUUCAAAUGGAUAUUGAUGAGAAUUCCUGACAAAUCUAAUUCUCAUUUUCCCACCUACUUAGCGUAGAUGCUGCCACCAGCACAUAUAAGUGUUUAUGCUGACUCCUGAGUUUUCAAUAACAGCUUUGAGCUUUCCAGGUAACCUGCAUAAGUACAGCAUUUCUCAGAUUUUUUUGUAUUAUUUUUCUCAUUCUUUGAUAGGUAAAAGAUGUGAAGCGGUGAUUAACAUGUGCCAUUUUAACCUGUGUCAGAACAAUGCCAUUUGUCAGAGAUUUCAGUCUGGAGGGUAUCAGUGUAUUUGUCAGAGGGGAUUUACUGGUUAGUGUUGAAUGAAGUGAUGCAUGAGAUGUUUCCAGCUGCUAGUGAGAUAACUCCCAAGUUAUGACAUUUUACCGUACCAGCAAACAAAAUUUUCCAUUCUAUUACUGUUGUCAUGACUGAAUAUAUUGGGAAUACACUUUGGUAACAUUAGCCUGAAUUUCAUCUGCUUAUACUUCGAGUCAUUAUUGCUCCCUCAGUAACAUCGUUGUUGAGAGGAGAAAAUGACUCAAAGCAAUCGGAUGAAUUUCAGGCUAUGGUAACAUAUGCUGAUAACUUCAAUGUGCUGUACUAUUCUCUGCACUGCAUACAUAAUUAGCCCGUGACACAAGAAAAAGUAACUCCUUUUAGUUGAGUCUGUGCGCUGGUGGCAUGAUAGCAUGGUGCACUGCGGCGCUUGCUUAGAAUUGCUCAGUUUUUGCCUGCCUCUUGGCCAGUUCAAGGAAGUUUUGUGGAAGUGAGAUUCAAAGUUUCACCCCUCCCACUUCCCCUGGUGGUGGUUGACAGUGCAUACCCUUGUUAUUUGGCAUGCCUGUUGUCCUGGCAGUCACUGUUUCCUACCAUGACUUAGUUCCCAAUGUAGUGACAAUAGGUAUGCAGUGGGAAUAUUAUAAUAACUUUGUGAAAAAUAACAUUAAGAUUUUCUGCUUUAAUCCUGUGAUGCACCAAACCAUACCUCCUAGGAUUCAAAUAGUAAACAAUAAAUUAUUGGAUUAGAUUUUUGUAGUAGCAGGAAUAAUCAAGGUCAAGGUGAGUGUUAUCAGCCUCAAUCUUGAGACCAUGAUCAUUCUGGAUAUCACCAAAACCAAAUCUAUUGUUUUAUUGAUCUUUUCUUGUACAUAAUAAUGCUUUGAAGAAGAUAACAAGAAACACAAUCGCACAUAAUACAAUUUGACAUUACUUUUGGAAAUCAUGCAUUGUGCGCACAACCUAGUACGGAUUAGUUAGAUAUCUACUAGUAGAUAAUUUACCUAAUCUGUAGGUUAUGCUGAUUUGCAAAUUUAACUGUAGGCUCUUAUCCAAUGGGAAGAGUCAUAGUGAGUACGAUGUAAUAUGAUAACAUUUUUCUCAGGGGGCGUGUCCCUGGACCUAUUCAGGUACUCGCACCAUACAGCAUUCAGGCACAGUGUUCUUUGCACACAAGUAGUCUCCUUAGCUUGUUGAACCCAUUCUUCAGAAACAUUUUGGGCUGCAAAAUACAACAUUGUUUGUUAUUAAAUAUAUCUUCCAGGAGUCCAUUGUGAGGUCAACAUAAAUGAGUGUAACCAGACUGCAUUACCUUGCUAUAAUGGGGGCACAUGUGUUGAUGGUGUUAAUGGCUACAGAUGUCAGUGUCCUCCAAGUUUCUCAGGACCAUACUGUAAUGUGACAGUCACCAGCUGCAGUGGUCAGCCAUGUCAGAAUGGAGCAACUUGUGUUGAAAAUCUUUUGGGGUGAGAAAUCAUUGAGAGAGUAAAAUGUUACAAAUGAAAAAAACAGGAUUGAGUCAAAUGAUAAUACUGUAGUGGAGCUUUUACAUUAACCCUUCAUUUUUCAAAGUGAAACGGUCCAUUGGUUCUUUAAAAUGGUCAAGGAAGGAUGUAAUGGAUAACAUUGUUAUCAGACUGCAAAUUUUCCUUUCCUUUCAUGUUGACGGUCUUUACAAGAAGCCACUUUUUGUUUGUUUGUUUUUUUUGGUUGGUUCUGUGUUUGUUUCUGUUAUUGUUGUUUUUUUUCUUUUUUCUUUUUCUUUGUUCAGUGAUUUAAGUUAGGACUCUUAUAACAGGUUCCCAAAGAGAGUUUCCAGAUAGUAGGGAUUCAAUAGCAAUUACUCUUUUUAGCAAUAAUCAGCGCAAACCAUAAAAUAUUUGAAUUUUGUCCUCAGGUACAAUUGUACAUGUGCAGCUGGUUUUACUGGUUUCAGCUGUGAAAAGAAUAUUGAUAACUGUCAGCCAAAUUCUUGUCAACAGUAUGAGCAGUGUGUUGACGGCAUCAAUAGUCAUCAAUGUGUCUGCCCUGUUGGAAAAACGGGUCAGCGAUGCAGUGUUGAUAUUAAUUAUUGUUCCAGCCAGCCAUGUUUAAAUGGAGCAACAUGUAGCAACAGUCAAGGUGAGAGAGACGUUCUUCUUUAGCAUGACCACAUGACCUCAGUCCUUUUCUUCAUAAAUAUGCAGAUAAAGCAAAACGUAGACAUUGGUUCCCAUUAGAAUUAUUCUAUCUGCUAACUACUUGCACGUGUUUCUAACUAUUUAGCACCAGGAAAACUCACCUACGUUAACAAAUUGAGCAAGUUGGAAAGUUUUAAAUGCAAACUCACUUUUGUAUGAUGAAGUUUUCACUGUUAUCGUUGUCAUGAUUGUGUUAAGUGACCUAAUUCUAAAUGGUCAAAGUUUUGUAGAGAACGGAACGACUCUCGCUUUUUUCUUAAUUAUGUCAAUGCUAAGUGUGAAAACGUUUCCAGCGAAUGUCACACCCUAGACAACUCAGUCCCACAAAAACAAACAAAAUGGGACAUUUUUAAAGAAUUCAAAACAAAGCAAAAUACUUUUUUUUUGUUUUGUAACUAAUAUUUUUCUUUCCAUUGCCUUUUUUCUCAUUAUGACUCUAUUAGUGUAAACUCACAAAUUUUCGUUCUACGUAUUUUGCUCUGCCAGGUAACUAUUCCUGCACUUGUGUCCCAGGCUUUGAAGGCCAGCAUUGUGAGAAUGACACUGAUGAAUGUGCUUCUCAGCCUUGUUUUAAUGGUGGAAUAUGUCAUGACAAACUGAACAGCUUUACUUGUGAUUGUCCGGUUGGGUUUAUUGGUCGUCAGUGUGAGGCAAACAUUAUUGAGUGUCUAUCUAAUCCAUGUCAAAAUGGUGGCACUUGCGUUGAAAAUGUUGGAUCAGCGGGAUACACUUGUAGAUGUCAAGCAGGAUUUCAAGGUAAAGUUUUGAAUCUUAAGAUGGCUUACUAAGGGCAGUCUCGUUGAAGUAAACUAGUUGAAUCUAACUGUCCAUAAACGAACUUAAAAAUUCAUCGUGACUCAGGCUCAUGCUCACACUAUAUUUUAUAGCAUAAACACCUAUCUGUAUGUGACUCUUCGCUCCGUUACAGAAAUCACGCCGAAAUCACGGUUCUUUUGUGUGAACGGAAUCCCUUUCCGAUAUGGUUUUCGUACCGAGGCAAGAGCUAUCCCGUAGUGUGAACAAUAAGCCCAUCCAAAUUUAAUGCUUCAUUUCCCAUCGCCCGACCGACCCAUUUUUUUUGGAAAAGUAAAAAAAAAAUUCCAGAAUCACUUGUAAAGAAGCAAGAACUUUAAUCUACAAGCACACGAUCUUGUCUUAUUAACACCGGUUGUCUUAAAUUAUCAUCGAUACUUCGUUUUUGUAGCAUUUUUAGACAUUUGAUAGUCCUGUUAAUAUACAUCUUUUACCAUCUGAUUAUAUCUUGUAGACUAAACGUGAGAUUUAAUAUGCAAUCAUGUGUUCAUUCUUGUUUGUUUGUUUGUUUGUUUUUUGCCCGACCGACCGACCCACCUACACGAGAGGGAGGGCGAUGGGAAACGAAACAUUUUAUUGGGAUGGCCUAAGCCUUAUAAAACGAGGGCCGCAGGUAUUUAACCAUCAUGAAACUCAUUUAGUAUGAUUUUUUGACCCAAUAAAUCUUUCAUAUCAUUUUUCCGUCAAUCCUCGAAUUCUGAAAUGCUCGAAUUGCAUUUAUAAUAUGUAUGUUUUUUUUUUCUUCACAGGAGUCCACUGUGAGUAUAGCAGUUCCUCUUGUCAACCUAAUCCUUGCCAACACAAUGGCACGUGCACACUACAUGGUAACAGAGCAAACUGCACGUGCACAACCGGCUGGACAGGUCCCUACUGCAGCACUGAUGUCGAUGAAUGCCACGCUUCUCCCUGUGGAAAUCUAGGAACGUGUCACAACACGCCUGGGGGAUAUAACUGCACGUGCUUAUCUGGGUUUACAGGGCAACACUGUGAUAAACACGUGGACGAAUGCCUUGAUCAGCCUUGUCAGAAUCAGGGCACGUGCGAGGAUUUGGUAAAUGGAUACCGGUGCACGUGCACCGCGAGUUUCACGGGCAAAAAUUGCGAGGUUCCCCUAAAUGACUGCUCUGCACAGCCGUGUAAAAACGGAGGAACGUGUCAGCUUGGUGGAAGCGGAUUUAACUGCUUGUGUAAACCGGGUUACACUGGAUUGACUUGUGACACCAACAUUGACGAGUGUUCAUCUAAUCCGUGUAAAUUUGGCAGUACCUGUGUAGAUAGCGUGAAUGGUUUCGUUUGUCAAUGUGCUGAUGGUUUUCGAGGAAGGACUUGUGAAGUUCUUUUUGCCGUGAGCUUCGAGCGAGGAGCAUACAUACCUGCCUUGAACUUCAGACUUUUCCCGUCAGACCUGUUUUCGUUUAAAUUUAGGACAACUCUUCCAGAUGGAUUGCUGUUCUACCAGGGAGCAGUAAGUGAUUAAGUGAUCAUCCAUCCCAACGUGCAGUUAAAAUCUCUUCUCGUACUCGCUCCAAAAGCAUUAGAGACCUUUCGACUCGAGAACGAGAACGAUUUUGAUUACGUCAUUUGCCUUAAUGUUUUUUCGCGUAUUCUAAAAAAAUACUCCCCAGAAACCUUCAUUUUACUAUUUUUUUCUAGAAAAGUUAUCACUGUUAUCUUAGUUAAUCGAGGGAGGUUAAGCCCUCUCCAGAUCGCAGAACGAUAAGACAUUUGAUAGCUCGUUUCCGCCAAUACGACAUUCUCACUAAAACUCGGCUAGCACUACUUAAUAUUGAGAAAAUUUUGUUCAUACUCGUAGUCCCCCUGGUCUUAGAAUCUGAAGGUCUCUAUUGGCUUCCCGUGGUACCACGACCUGCGAGGGAUCAUGAUCACUUUCGAGACUUGAGUUCAUUGGCAUGGAUAGCUAGUUUUGCUUGCGGCAGGGAGCAAGAGUAGUUACAUUUAAAGUAGUUUUCGGAUUAGAGCAGUACACUCAGAUUUAUUGGACUAAUCCCGCCCAAAAUGAUUUUAUUGCCUUGAGACCAGUCAACAGUAGAUGAGUUUGGGUGUGAGUCCAAGACAUAUACACUGUAAAGCCUUGACGUCCUGCUACUUAUCAGGUCACCCCAAACCAUAGUUGAGCGUGGGCUACAGAAACCACUGGCCAGUAUUGUCCAGGGAUUAACUUCGCCUAAAUUACAUUUAGACACAUUAUAAGUCAGCUUUCAAUCUGUGAUUGUUCUAUAACUUGGAUUAGCCCUUUAUUUUGUCCAUUAAAUCAGGUACAAUUCUCCUUUUCCAGGACUUCACAAAGGAACACACUGAUCGUGUGAUCGUAGAGCUGACCAAUGGUUCGGUCCGUUUGUCAUUCAACACUGGUGUGGACACUGCAAAAGCCACCCUAGGCCAAGGACUCAACGACGGGACCUGGCAUCUGAUUACCGUCAAGAUAACUAGUUCCCAGGCCACUAUAUCUGUUGACAUAGAUACGUGCACUGGAAGUGACUGUUCAAAGACAGUCAAUACAAACAGUGACAGUAACACCGAGUUUUCUGGUUUACCUUACCUCGGGGGUGUUAACAAGCUGGUGCCACGCAUAACUCAGGAACUGAUAAGCGAUGGCGCGUUUGUUGGCUGCAUCAAGGUAUUUGGGAUUAAUUCAGGUCUCUGGGAAACUGCCCACCUACCACUCCCCUAACCCAACAUUUUGCUCUAAGUGAGAAGUAAGUGUUAACGUUGAGUUAGGGGAGGGAUAGGUGGGCAGUUUUGCAAUGACAAAAACAGUACAGUGGAAUAAGUAGCCAUCGUGGAAGGCGUCGAAAGGGAUGGGGGAUCGAGAAGAAGGGAAAAAGUUACGGGGGAUUUUCUCUUGCUCGCUUUUGUCGCGACAAUCCCGAACGAUAUUAGCCUUUCAGGCUACUCUGAAAUUCGAGUAUAGAUAAAGUUCACGUUAUAAAGUUCAUGUUAAGGUAAUAUGAUCAAUACACUAUUCCUGACGUACUGUAGGCCUGCAGCUGUCCCUACUUUUGUUCCUUUUUUGGCUUUGGCCUUCGCAAACAUGCGUCCAUAUCCUCUCGUUCCAUUCCUUUAAUACCUUUCGGUAUUGUCGCGUGCACUUUUUCUUUUCUCGAAAUAGCUGUGUAUAGACAUGCCACAAGUCGUCCUCACGAUUUUCAUCGCAGAAAAAGCCCUAGGAACACCUAUACGUCCAUCAGUAAGUCCCUCAUGUUUCACUCUGCAGUGAUGGCGCGAAACAUGUUUCCAUUCCUGGCCUAUCAGUUAUGUCUUAAUUCUUGGACUUAUUCUAUUCUGUCAUUCUCCAGGACUUUUUGUUCAACAAUAUAGACAGUGGUCUGCAAGACGUUUUAGCCCAGUCGCACCUAGUCUCCCCUGGUUGUCAAAGGCAAGAGGUGUGCAGUAACCAUGGAUGCAAGCACGGUAGCUCAUGCGUAGAUGAAUGGAACCGCUAUAGUUGUCGCUGUCCUUCAGGCUUUGUGGGCUCAUUUUGUGAGCGCCAAAUCACAGCAACAUUUGAUAGGGAUGAUAGUUCUGGUUUGAUGUUCACAUCUGUUGCUAAUAUAACCUCGUUUUCUCUCGAGUUUUCGACUGAUCCCUCAGUGACUAGAGGGGUGCUGGCAUUCACAGGGGUAAGUUAUGUUAACAGAAGCCAAAAAACGAGAAGUUUCCUCACGCCUUCGUUUCUGUGAACUUGACAAAAUGUUACCUGAAUCCCAAGUUGCAGGUCUAUUCAAUUUUGCUUAAUAACUGACAUAAAUAAGUAAACAACAAGGAUCAAAGAUUAGCGUAGUAGGUUUGUGCGGAAGGAUCCGAGUUUGAUUUCUAGGUGCAGCCUUAAUUCCUUCUUUCGACUUCUUUCCUUUCCGUGUACCUUUUAAAUGUCUUUAAUACCCGUACAACUGAGCUCUAAUGUAGUGGGGGUAAAAUGAGCGAACCGUCAGCCUCAGGCUUGUCAGUGUGAUAUGUACUGUUACGAGUUACCGACGUAAAUAUAAGGAUUUUUACCUUCAUCAGUACCUCCAAAUUUAAGGGUUGCACACCCGCACGCAUAGUGAUUCCUCGUCAAGCAUUGUGGAUCGAACUGGAAUUUGGAAAUGUUUUCGCCAGGGUGGGAAAAUGGAACACCCGGAGAAGAAUCUCUCUCAGCAAGAGGCUUCGAGUAUUCUCUCUUUUUGAGUCCGUUGAGCGAAGCGUGCGUGCACUCCUCUCAGUGGAAGUGAAGAAAAAAGGAGACUCCACGUAGCCCAGUCUGCAUGGGCAAGAACCAACAACAAACUUAACCCACAUAUUAUGGCAUCGCCUUCGGGAUUCAGACGCAGGUCACAUUGGUUGGAGGCGAUUGCUGUCAACACUGCACCACCCUUGUUUCCUUUUGUAUACUAAUAAAGAUGUUUUUUAUACUGAUCAAUCAAUUCUUCCUAUAAUCAAUUCUUACUAUAAUUACGAAAUAAAGUAGAGCGAAUUUAAAAGACCUUUUUUUUAAUUUUCAGUCUUUCUUUGGUUUGGCCUUGCUGAACGGUCGUCUUCACGCUGCAUACGUGAAGUCUUUCUUCGACAGAACUAGUGCGGUCAUUGGCCAGAAUUUGGCAGAUGGCAGAUGGCAUAGGCUGGAUGUAAACGUCACUUCCGGUAAUUUGUCAAUUGCCGUGGACUCGUUUCGAACUACACUUGUACCGCCGAGUGGAUCCCAGCCCAUCACGCAUCUGGGGAAAACAUUGCACAUGGGAUCUCUUCAGUUUAAUGAUCUGGGGAUAGCUCUAAACAGCGAAUUUCUAACAUUCAGUGGGUGCUCAAGAAGGGUCUUCAUUAACGAUCAGUUAAUACCGUUUGAGACAGCACAGAAAAAUGGGGGCUUUAGUCUACCUCUGCCGAGCUGCAAGAAGGACGAGAACUGUGGACCGAGUUCCUGCGCAAAUGAAGGAUCUUGCGAUGCAACGUGGACUGGGUAUGAGUGUCGUUGUUUAAAAGAUUUUGUUGGCAGACAAUGUGAAAAUGGUAAGUAAAAUUGUGCUAGUUAUAGGUGGAAUUCUUUUACGUCUUUGUAUCGUUCAGAACUCUGACAGAACGAACUUGAACAUAGAUCUUUUUCAUAUGACGUCACGGCGGCCAUAUUGGUGUACAAAACAAUGAAACGGCGGCCAUGUUGGUGUACCCAAAAAAAUUCUUUGUGGCUUGAACUCUUGUCUGAUGUAAAAACUUUACGUUUGUGCCUAGAAACUUGUUUAGCUGCUGACCACGUGAGUGGAAACAAUCUGUUGUUGGUCAGAAAUGCUUGGAGUAAAUAAAUAGUUUUCGGGUAUUCAGAGCACAGUGUUGCAGGAUCCUUUUAGAGUUUGGCCAAUCCAUCGCGCUGUCCUCUUAGUACUGAAACUAACUUUGCUCAUUGUUAUCUUGCCAUCGUGCUCACCAUUAACCAAUAAUAGUUUACUUAUGAAAAUAAUUGUGCGUCACUUAAGCUUGGAUACGCCGGCACAUGUAUGAAAAAAUAUCCUUGCAGAGAGUGUUCACUGUCCAUCUUAUAAUAAGCAUUUCGUUUCCACUUGCAGUCACCACAACGUCGUUACUAAUGAAUGACAGCCACCUAGAAAUAUCUCUCAACGCUUCUCACUGGAGUUUCGGUCAGAGCGCAUCACUUUGGUUUCGGACGAGAGAAACGGAUGGUCUAUUGAUGUAUACUGGGAGAAAGCCUGGGGAAGGGAAUGUCGAGUUCCUUCUUCUCGAUAUCACUUCCGGUAAAGCUAGAUUUACCGCUGACCUUGGUUCAGGUAUUGUUUCUACUAUUGUUGUCAAAUGUUGUUUUAACCGAAGGAGUUACCACAAUAGAUUUUGCUGUCAACUAAGAAAGUUCGUUUUAAGGAGCUGCAUCUGGAAAUUUCUCAAAAUUCCAGUCAAAUUGUGGGGACUGACACCAAAUUGAGUGAAGCAUAUAACAAUAACCGCUGAAAAGGUUCAAAUAACUCUGCAAUUACAAAAGGAGGUACGGAACCGGAUGAAAUUUAAAAAGAUUGAAACGGAUUGCAAUUGUGGUUUUUGAAAACUUGUUAGCCUAGUAGUUUCCCAAAGUUGAUUUUUGUUUUUUGCAAGGAUUGAUACAAUUGGGAGUUUAAGAUACCACGACGGCGACGGCCGCGAAAACGUCACUUAAAAAGUGAAUUCAAUGCGUUCUUUCGAUCUCUAUCGUGAUUACUCCAACUCAUUUACUUUGUCAAAUGCAAGCGAACUCUUUUUGAGCCGAAUUCCUAAGGACGACAUUCAAGUUCACGUCGCUUGUGUACGUCCUCGAUAAAACGUGAAGUUAGGCAUUUUCCCAUUGUAGUCGUGCAGUGACGGCAAAGAAAUGUACAAAAAAGCCGUGCUGCACGUGCAGAGGUGUUGUUUUGGCUAUUCAACCUAUUGCUUUUUUGACGUUCUCGUUGUCGUCGCCGUCGCAGCAUACUUGGGAACGGGACCAAUUUGUUUGACACGAAGCUGUGACUUUGUCAUUCACAAGUAAUUUCUCGAGUUCCAUAGCGAAUAACGACUCGUAAAUGGCUUUAUAAACAAAAUGAACUGGCCAGCCUUGAUACAGCCCUUUAAUACAAUUUCAGUUAUUUAUCGGUUGGCAUGCGUUCGACUUAAUUUCAGGAUCAAAUGGGGUGUUCAUCAAUCAACUCGUAUCUGAUGGUGACUGGCAUCACUUGCUCUGGACUCGACGGUUAAAACGCAUUACACUGACCUUAGACGAAACCUUUACUGUACAGGCAGACCUUGCUGGGGCCGAAUCAGUUUUUAAUACUGCACAGGGACCUGUGAUUUAUGUGGAUAUUGGAGGGUUUCCUACUGGAGUAACCAAGCUUACAGGUAUUAUGAUAUGUAUGAUAGCCGAGGAAAGUUGAGUAACUUCAAAGACAACACAUUUAAAAUUUACGAACAUGAUUCAACGGAAACGCAUAAACGAUUUGCUUGAAUUGUCGUCAGUAUUAACAUCCUUGCGUUUGUCCCUUAUUGUUUUUUGAUUAAUUUAACACCCAUAAAAACUCAGAAAGGAGACGUUUACACAAGUUAUUUGCUUUGGGUGAGAUGGAUGUGGGGUAAAGUUGAAAACUUGCUCUCAGGACAGUUGGUCGGUCAGCCAUUUCUCAAGGCCUUGUGCAGUGGAACCUUGAUAUAACGAACCUCUAUAUAACAAAGUCCUCGGUAUAACGAACGAUUUUCGUUACCCCAGUAAUAGUAAAAUAUAUGGAAAAUAACCUCCAUAUAACGAAACCUAGUUAUAAAGAACAUAUUUCCCAGUCCCUGGGUUCUUCGUUAUAUCGAGGUUCCACUGUAUGUAUACUGAUCUAUAUAGAGAAAUAUAUCCAAAUUAUAAAGGUUUUAACGUCCUUUUGUCACACAUAAAAUGCUCAGUCGAAGCGUUACUAACAAUGAAGUAGUAAGACUGAAUGCUAACAUUUUGCUCGUUUUCGAUUCCAUCACAAAACUCAUGAGCCGAUUUUAAUUACUAUUUUCUUUUUCGACAGGAGUAACAAGUCGCAAACACUUCAAGGGCUGUCUUAAGGACAUCAAAUUUAACUCGCGCAGAGUUCACUACCUUUCACCCAGUUCUCAAGAGGGUCUUGAGGUGAACUUGAAUCAUGUGACAAUAGGUUGUUAUGGAAACUCAACUUGUUCGCCCAAUCCCUGCCCUUCACACAGUGUGUGCGUGCCAUCGUGGAACGGCUAUAACUGCACGUGUGACGCAGGUUGGACGGGUGAUAAUUGUGAUACUCGUAUUCCCGACUGCACGGUGAAUAACUGUACAAAUGGAGCAACAUGUGUAAAUGUUUCACACGGCUUUAUAUGCGUGUGUGCUCGCGGAUAUUCGGGUCAGUAUUGUGAGAAUAAGUUGGAUUAUUGCCUGUCAGGUCCAUGUCGUAACAAUGCUACCUGCCGUGAAAUAACAGGAGGCUUCAGAUGUGAAUGUCUUAAAGGAUUCACUGGCCAAACCUGUGAGACUGAUAUCGAUGAAUGUGAGGCCACACCAUGUCAGAAUAAUGGAACGUGUUCUGAUCUACCGGGAAACUACUCUUGUCAUUGCCCUGCCGGUUUUUCAGGAAGAGAUUGUCAAUUGAACGUAGACGAGUGCUCACCAAAUCCGUGUUUAAAUCAAGGAACUUGUGUAGAUUCAGUAGCCAAUUAUACCUGUCGUUGUGCUUCAGGUUACACGGGUAGAAAUUGUGAAGUUAACAUUGACGAAUGUUCCCCAAAUCCUUGCUUCAACAACGCUUCUUGCUUUGACUUAAUUGCCGAUUACAGUUGUCAUUGUUCGCGUGGUUUUACUGGGAGAAAUUGUGGAGUUAACAUCGACGAAUGUUCUCCA